AUGUUAUUUAUUCGAAGAUCAACAAUUAAUUGUCCAUGCUCAACCUUGCAAUAUUUUAAUUCAAGACAUUUUCAAUUACCUCAAUCUAUUCAACGACUAAUAUGUUCUUCACAGCAAUUUUCAUCAAUUACAACAACAUCAGACGAAUUCAAAUACAUUUUAGCAAUGUUUCCUUACCCUUCUGGACGUCUUCAUAUGGGACAUUUAAGAGUUUAUACACUUUCUGAUGCUCUAAGUCGUUAUUAUGCGCUUAAAGGUUAUAAAGUUUUGCACCCAAUUGGAUGGGAUGCUUUUGGAUUGCCUGCAGAAAAUGCUGCUAUUCAGAGGGGAAUAGACCCGGCAGACUGGACUUUCAGGUUUUUAUUAAACAAUUUUUUUGUAAAUUAUUUUUAAAGAA